GAAGAGAGAGUCGAUCAGCGCGCGUGUACUCGACCCUCUGAAGAUCACCGGCGGUCGGGUGAUGCACCUGUGUAUUUCCGGGCACGUAGAGGAUUUGGGCCGAGAGGGGUGCCAGCGAGAGGUGGACGCACAGCUUGUGAUCUGCAACAGGCACGAAAGAGAUUCAUGGUGGAAUGAGUACUCCUCGCGGCUAGAGAGGGACAUCUCACAGAACGAAAAUCGUCGAUCUGAGAUCUAAGAUCAGCGUGGAGAGAGAGGUGUCUCGUCGUCUCUCACAGACUUGUUGCCGAGAAAUCAUGAAAUUUUCUGACAAUAUAUCUAACUUGUAGCAAAAUAAAUAAAAUAACAAAGUUGUAAUACACAUUUAAGAUAGAAAACCGCGUUUUCUCUUCCCUGAGGAGAGAAAAAUUUUGAAGCACUAAAGAAUUCGCCGACGCGACGGAGUCUCUCUCUUUAAAAACGAUUGAGAAGGCACUUCUUAUAAAUCUGAGAUCUCUAAGAUUAACGUGGAUAUUCGUCUUUGCCCGGAAAUCACAUUGCAGGCGAGCCUCUUUAGUGGUCGCAUAUGUGUAGGAUAUAGAUGAUAACAUUUUGAAGAGCAAUCGGCGGUGGGUAAUUUCAUCAGGUGUUGGCUGAAGGCUGUUGAAUGGAGCUCCAAUUCAUCAUGGACGGCGGCGCGGAACCUCUGAACGGAACGAUGUGGUUUCCCACAUCGUCUCCUUCAUACGACCAACUGUCGCCGGUCCGUCCAAACAGGUGUGAUGUCGUAGCGGCUUCUCAACAGACCACAACGGGAUAUCACAGUCCACAAGGUUCUCUGUGGCAAGAUAAGCACAGCUCGCCGAAACAUUCGCCGAUCGGCGGUAAUCACAUACAUUUGAACGAUGGCUCUCCGCAACAACUCUCGCCCAGCGGAUCAUCUCCAAACUGUGAACACCAAAAUAAUCUAAAACGUCGCUCAACAGAACCGUUGCAACACAUCACGGAACUCGAGAAGAAACAUAUCAGAAGAGAUGGAUCCAUAGGGAGCAAUGGCUCCGGUCAAGGCUGGUCCACGCAAGUGGAGGAACUCGCGGAGCAUCUCGCCGCUGAUUUCGAUGGAUCGUUAUCCGCUAUCGCGGCGUCCGAUCUUGCAACGGCCGUUGCAUCUUACACUAAUAUGAGCGAAGCCCUCCUCACUUUGCCAGCGUUACCAGUCUUCAAGCAGGAGGCGCCAUCGCCUGAAAAUCAGCACAACAAUUCCAAUUUGAAUCACGUUUCGCAAAGAACAAUCACUACAGUGCCGUCCAACAAUGACAAUAUUGGCUCCAUCGAAGCUGACAGCAACAACAAUGGUCAAACCGCGACCAGUCUUCAUCAACUUUUAUAUUCCUCCAAUGAGGAAUACCCGCCGACUUCAACCGCGGCCAAUCAUGUAUCUUCUUCCCAGCAAGGAAAUGAAUUAAAUGAGGAUUGUCGUUUCCAGUAUGUCUUAGCGGCUGCCACCAGCAUUGCCACUAAGGUGAAUGAAGAAACGCUGACGUAUCUGAACCAGGGACAGCCGUAUGAGAUUAAACUGAAAAAAUUAGGCGAUUUAUCUGCCUAUCGCGGAAAGAUACUGAAGGGACAUCCGACUUUUCUGUUCCAGUCGACGAUCCGCAUUUGCUUCCACGAGCGACGGUUGCAGUACACGGAACGUGAGCAGAUGCUGGCCUGGCAACGCGCUAGACCGGGAGAGAGAUUACUGGAAGUCGACGUUCCCCUUAGCUAUGGGAUGGACGUUUGUCAACCGUCGCCGUCUAGCAACAGUGUGGAGUUCAUGUGGGAUCCCACAAAAGAAGUCGGCGUUUAUAUUAAAGUCAAUUGCAUAAGCACCGAGUUUACACCAAAGAAACACGGUGGCGAGAAAGGCGUUCCUUUUCGAAUACAAGUGGAGACUCGACUGCCAGGAGGACCGCGUCUACACGCCGCUUCGUGUCAGGUGAAAGUCUUUAAAUUGAAGGGAGCAGACCGUAAGCACAAGCAAGAUCGGGACAAAAUAUUGAGACGUCCUCCUCACGAACAGGACAAAUAUCAACCCAGUUACGAUUGUACUGUACUCUCCGAUAUUCCUCUAGAAUCCUUAUCGUCCUCCACUCUGUCAACUCAAAAUGGUGGAAGUUCGUACGCCUCAACAGAUGCAAUAUCACCGCAGACGCGUGCGACAGUGGGUGGCAAUUCCUCUCCGGUAGUAGCCCCGCUGGCACUUUCGGUUUCUAAUUCUGGUAUUGUACCGUUGAUUCCUGCUUCGGACGCCGUGAAGGAAAACGUAGGAACGGCGCCGGCCUUGCCAUCGCCCGCCGCCAUAUUGCCAGAUCAAACGUGCAUUGAAGCUGAUGUUAGUUUGGCUGCACGCAAAACUGCUUCUCCGCAACACCUAAUCGAGUCCAUGAAAACAAGCACUUCGUGUCUUACCAAGUUACCACCCGACGCAAAUGCUACACAAACAACUGCGUGGCUUCGCGCGAGUCGGUUCAACGCGUUCGAAUCGACGUUUGCAAGCUUCUCCGCAUCGGAUAUUCUGCUUCUGUCUCGGGAGGAUCUCAUUCAAAUUUGUGGAGUAGCGGAUGGUAUUCGACUGUUCAAUACGCUGCACUCUAAGGGACCGGCUCCGAAACUUACUCUUUACUUUUCGCUCGAAGGCGACAGCUCACCCUGGAAACCCGCUUAUCUUGACAAUCUGACGAGUACCGCGCUCACGAAUAAAUUGCUCAGCACUUUAAAUUUGCCUCACGACCGAUUGCAUUCGACACUGUUCCUAGGACCACAGGGUAUACAUGUACUUGUCACCGAUGAGCUAGUGGCAAAUAUGAAAGACGAGAGUAUGUAUCUCGUCGAGACUAUCAAAGAUCCAGCUAGCGACCGUUAUAAAUUGCUGAUAAAGUCAAAAAUUAACUAAAAAACAGUUUUUAUAAAUUUAUACUUUUGUAACUACUUUACAAUAUGAUCAUUAAAGCGAAAAAUGAAUAGUAAUGUAAAGUAUAGCUAUGUUCAAUUGAUUAACAAAUGUGAUUAAUCUAAAAAAUGAUUACUUAUCAUUGUACGAUUUGUAUCAAUUGCUAUUUAAAUCUGAUACACAAAAAUAUCAGGUUUAAAUAGCAAUUAACAAAUAUUCUACAAUUAACAACUAGGAUAAUAAACAAUGUAACUCAGAUAACCGAAUACAAAA